AUGUCUGAUAUUUAUGACAAAAGCUUGUUAGGUGCUGACCUUGCUACCUUGAUAGAGGUUGCUCCCCACAAGCUACUACUCUAUACAGUCCUUCCAGAGCAGCAAAGAAUUGUCGAAGAGAUGACUAGACAGCAAUCUGAGUCCAGACUUUGGUUCAGAAUGAGGAUUGGCCGGGUGACUGCCUCAAGAUUCAAAGCUGCCUCACGGACAUGCCCAGAUAGCCCAUCAAAAUCUUUAAUUUUGAUCAUUUGUCAUCCUGAGCUAGGAAAGUUUAGCACUGCUGCUACAAGAUUGGGGUGUCACCAUGAAAAGCAAGCUAGGGAUGCAUAUGAAAGCUUUCAAAGAACUAAACAUGAGGCCUUUAAAGUAGAAGAAUGUGGCUUCUUCAUUAAUGUUGAUCAUGACUUCAUUGGUGCAAGUCCAGAUGGGCUGGUCAAUUGCAAGUGCUGUGGCAAUGGUGUCUGUGAGAUUAAGUGUCCCUAUUGCCAUAAAGAUGACACAUUAGACACAUCACUAGCUGACAAGGACUUUUGUCUGGAAGAAAAACCAGUUGGAAAACGGCUUAAAAGGAAGCAUUGUUAUUAUUAUCAGGUCCAAGCUCAAUUGUUUUGCAGUGCACGCAGCUAUUGUGAUUUUGUUGUGUGGAGUGAGAAAAUGCUCUACAUAGAAAGAAUUUUGCCAGAUGAGAAGUUUUGGAAAGAAAAUGUAUCUCGAGUAGAGAAAUUUAUUAUCAAAGGGAUCCUUCCCGAGCUGCUUGGGAAAUUUUACUCUUGCACACAUCAGGACAAAAGAAUACGACUCAAUGUAUAAAGCUACAUACAUUAGCAGAUCCAGGGUAGGUCAGAAUACAUUAUAGUAGCUAAUUUUAAAUUCAAAAUAAUUUAACAGCAAUGUUGCUGGUUAGAAUUUUCAAAAAAAUAUUUAAGAACCAGAACAUCAUCAAAAAUGCUAGUUGUAAAGUAUUUUAAAUGGGAAAUAUAUUUAUAUCAACAUAUUCUGACCUACCUUAGAUCCACUAUUGCCUCUAAAUAAUAAACAUUCAUUCAAAUGGGA